CCAGCCGCACUGACACCGUCCACCCCGGGCGAGGGGGGGAAGCAGGAGCCGGAGAGGGGGAGAGAGAGAGAGAGAGAGACGAGGCCGCUUUGAGGAAGUGAGAUGAUGAUAACAUAACUGCGCCUCGACAACAACAUCUGCGCGUUUGUCCGCUGACCGGGAGCCGCGAUGCCUCCGCAGCGAGUGUUCGCCCUGCCGCGGCAGCAAUCCCUGCUGCUGCCCGCGGUCAUCAACCCCUUCGUUCAAGACACCAAACUCACCAAAGCCGCGGUGAUUAAAUGUGUCCUGCUGGGGAUCUUCCUGGUCCCUCUUCGAGCCAUCCUCAUCUCCCUGGUCCUGAUGGUGACAUGGCCAGUGUCUGUCAUUAUAACCUUCAAGCAUCCUCUGAAAGGAGCCGUGGAGCCAAUGACAGGCUGGAGACGAUUCUUGUGUCGAAACGUGAUGGCUGCCUUGGGGAGGGCUUACUACUUCUGCAUGGGCUUCAGAGUGGUGGUCAAGGGGAGGCAGGUCACCAGCAGCGAGGCUCCCAUCCUGGCCGUGGCGCCCCACUCCACUUUCUUCGAUGGGAUCGUGUGCAUCGUGGCGGGCCUGCCCUCCACCGUCUCCCGUGUGGAGAACCUGGCCACGCCCAUCUUCGGCAGGUUUGUGCGCUGUCUGCAGCCAGUGCUGGUGUCCAGGAAGGACCCAGACUCCAGGAAGAACACGAUCCAAGAGAUUGACAGCAGAGCGAAGUCAGGAGGCCACUGGCCACAGGUCUUGAUUUUCCCUGAGGGAACGUGUACAAACCGCUCAUGUCUCAUCACUUUCAAGCAAGGUGCCUUCAUCCCAGGGGUCCCUGUGCAGCCCGUGCUCAUGAGAUAUCCCAACUCUAUGGAUACAGUGACUUGGACUUGGCAAGGUUUUUCUUCGAGAACGCUGCUGCUUCUGACCCUCUGCCAGCUCUACACCACAGUAGAGAUAGAGUUCCUGCCGCCGCAUAUCCCCACUGAGGAGGAGAAGAAAAGCGCGCCUCUGUUUGCCAGCAGAGUGCGAGAAACCAUGGCCCGGGCCUUGGGGGUUCCCGUGACGGACCACACAUACGAAGACUGCCGCCUGAUGAUCUCGGCCGGCGAGCUGACGCUUCCCAUGGAGGCUGGCCUGGUUGAGUUCACCAAAAUUAGCCGCAAACUCAAUCUGAAAUGGGACAAUGUGAGGAAGGAGCUGGAGGGUUUUGCAGCCAUGGCCAGUUCCUGUAAAGGUGGACGCAUUACCAUCGAGGAGUUUGCCAGAUUCCUGAAGCUCCCCGUCAGCCCAGUGCUUGAAGAGCUGUUUGCAUUGUUUGACAGGAACGGAGACGGCACCAUUGACUUCAGAGAAUAUGUAAUCGGUGUGAACAUUUUGUGCCGGCCAGCUAACACUGAAGAAGUCCUGCAAAUGGCUUUCCAGCUGUUCGACACGGACGACGAUCAGAAAAUCACCCGCGAGGAGUUUACUGCUCUGCUGCGCUCCGCUCUGGGUGUGUCAGAUCUGAACAUGACCAAACUCUUCAAGGAGAUUGAUGCUGAUGCCUCGGGUUUCAUCACCUUCAAUGAAUUCCAGGCCUUUGCUACGACCCAUCCGGAGUACGCCAAGCUCUUCACCACGUACCUGGAGCUGCAGAGGUACCAGGCCAUCCAGGAGGCGACGCCCGGCGAUCUGGAGCUGGCCAGUCAGAUGUGCUCCGACGAGAAGCAAGAAGACAGCACCUCAGACAAAAAGGACGACUGAGACUGAAUCCAGCUGUGAACUUUAUUCAACCGCACUGAGAGGAAAAACACUCGACCAUCAUCUGACCAUCUUGACACAGUACACACACACAGAAAUAUAUACAUACAUAUAUAUAUAUAUAUAUAUAUAUAUAUAUAUAUAUAUAUAUAUAUAUAUAUAUAUAUAUAUAUAUAUAUAUAUAUAUAUGAAGUCAUUGCCACAGCAGAGCCAUAUUCAGUCAAGCGCUUGCAUUUUUAUAGAUGGAUUUAGGAGUGCUUCUUUUUUCAAUUUUAGUGCCUUAUAGAGAUUUUAAAAUACUACUUCCCCUGAGUCAUUGCACAAGGAUUGUGUAUUUGUGACUUUGUAUGUCUGUAAAGUUUCAUGUGUUUGUUACGUGUCAUGUCAGAAAAUAAGAAAAGGUUGCAGUUGAAAUGAAUUAUGUAAAAAAAAAAAGAAAAGAAAAAGAAAAAAAACUGUGUUUGAGAUAGCUGUUUAAUAUCCAUCCCACCACCUAUACAGCUCA